UAGAAAAUUAUUUAGUAUAAAUGCAAUUAAUGUAUGAUGAAAUAAGAUUGGAGUUUUUUAUGGAUUAUUCAUAGUUACACCACUUACACCACCAGCCACUUACACCACCUACACCAGCAGCCACUUACACCACCUACACCACCAGCCACUUACACCACCUACACCAGCAGCCACUUACACUACCUACACCAGCAACCACUUACACCACCUACACCAGCAGCCACUUACACUACCUACACCAGCACCCACUUAAACCACCUAUACCAGCAGCCACUUACACUUCCUACACCAGCAUCCACUUACACCACCUACACCAGCACCCACUUACACCAACACCCACUUGCACCACCUACACCAGCAUCCACUUACACCACCUACACCAGCACCCACUUACACCACCUACACCAGCACCCACCUACACCAGCUCCUACUUACACCUACACAGCACCCAUUUAACUUACACCACCUACACCAGCUCCCAGUUAACUUACACCACAUACACUAGCACCCACUUAACUUACACCACCUACACCAGCUCCCAAUUAAUGUACACUACUUACACCACCUACACCAGCACCCACUUAACUUACACCACCUACACCAGCUCCCAAUUAACUUAGACCACCUACACCAGCACCCUCUUACACCUCCUACACCAGCACCAACUUAACAACUUACACCACUUACACCAGCACCCACUUAAGCAUCAUUAUUGCUCUAUCAGAAUAUUCCAUACAUUUUUAAAACUCGUUUUUAACAUCUGUUUCAGUUUUUGUACCAAGGAAUUUAAAAAAAUAUUAGUUAAGGAGAAAAGAGCUCACACAUUAUGGAAAUUUAAUACAUUAUUAAAAUUUGCAAACUCAAAAAAUACAUUGAAGUUUUUGAUAGUGAAUGCAAAUCUCUCUGUGAAUUUUGUGAUUUUUUUGUUAAACAUAAAUUGGUAUUGGUUACAAGAGUUCAUAUGAAAAGAAUUGUCCAUCAGUUGCCAAUAUUCUUAUACUUUUUAAAAGUCUACAUUGGAGACUGUAUUAAAUGAGAGACAGUAGAGAGAGAGAAUACAAAAUAUGCAGUACAAUAAGUCUGUUGUUAUGUGAAGUAGUGCGUACCAUACAAUGAAUUACUGGUUUAUUGAGUGUUAAAACUUGAAAUAAAAUAAAGCCAACAUGGAGGUAGUAAGUAAUCUUCAUCAGUGUCCUAUUUGUGAAAAAGUUUUUCCAACUAAUUAUAGACUCAUAAGACAUAACAGUAUUCAUACAGGAGAGAAGCCAUAUCUUUGUUCAGUGUGUCUGAAUGGUUUUGUCAAUAAAUCCUCAUUAAAGGAACAUGAGAAAAUACAUACAGGAGAGAAGCCAUAUCAGUGUUCAGAAUGUAUGAAAGGUUUUAUCAGUAAAUCCUCAUUAAAGGAACAUAAAAUAAUUCAUACAGGAGAGAAGCCACAUCAGUGUUCAGUGUGUCAGAAAGAUUUUAGGAAGAAAUCCUCACUAAAAGAGCAUGAGAAAAUUCAUACAGAAGAGAAGCCAUAUCAGUGUUCAGUGUGUCAGAAAGACUUUAGGAAUAAACACUCACUAAAACAACAUGAGAGCAUUCAUACAGGAGAGAAGCCAUAUCAGUGUCCAGUGUGUCUGAGAGAUUUCAGGGAUAAAUGCUUACUAAAUAAACAUAAGAAAAUUCAUACAGAAGAGAAGCCACAUCAGUGUUCAGUAUGUCAGAAAAACUUUAGGAAUAAAUGCUCACUAAAACAACAUGAGAGUGUUCAUACAAGAGAGAAACCAUAUCAGUGUUCAGUGUGUCUGAGAGAUUUCAAGGAUAAAUGCUCACUAAAUAAACAUAAGAAAAUUCAUACAGGACUGAAGCCACAUCAAUGUUCAGUGUGUCAAAAAGACUUUCUUCUUAAGUACUCACUAAAACAACAUCAGAGAAUUCAUACAGGAGAGAAGCCAUAUCAGUGUUCAGUGUGUCUGAAAAAUUUCAGUGUUAAAUCUUCACUAAAUACACAUCAGCAAAUUCAUAUAGGACAUAAACCAUAUCGGUGUUCAGUGUGUCUGAAAGCCUUCAGUGGCAAAACCUCACUAAAUAAUCAUGAGAGAAUUCAUACAGGAAAGAAACAAUAUCAGUGUCCUGAAUGUCUCAAAAAGUUCUUAAAUAAAUCCUCACUAUAUGAACAUCAGAGAAUUCAUAAAGGAGAGAAAUUAUAUCAUUGUUCAGUGUGUCUGAAAGACUUUAUUAAUAAAUAUGUACUCAAACAGCAUAAGAGAACUCAUACAGGAGAGAAACCCUUUCAGUGUUCAGUGUGUUAUAAAGAUUUUGGACGCAAGGAUUACCUGACUUCACAUAUGAAACGACAUAUUGGAAAGAAGCCAUAUCAGUGUGCAGUGUGUACAAAAUUAUUUACAGAAAAAGGUUCUCUGGUAAAACAUAUGCGCUUUCAUACUGGAGAGAUGCCAUUUCAGUGUUCAGUGUGCCAAAAAAAUUUUACAGAAAAUGAUCACCUCACUUCCCACAUGAGAAUUCAUACUGGAGAGAAGCCAUUUAAGUGCUCAGUGUGUAUAAAACAGUUUUCAGAAGAAUCUUCUUUAGUGACACACAUGAGGAUUCAUACGGUAGAAAAAAUACACGAGUGUCUUGAGUGUCAUGAAAUAUUUUCAAGUAACUCUCUUUUAGUUCAGCACAUCACACUUCAUAAAGACAAUAAACCAUACAAGUGUUCAGUGUGUCAGGAAAGCUUCUCAACAGAAGAAAGUUUGGAAGAACAUUUUAAAAUUCAUAUAAGGGAAACACCAUACAAGUGUUCAGUGUGUCAGGAAAGUUUCUCAACAGAAGAAAGUUUGGAAGAACAUUUUAAAAUUCAUAUAAGGGAAACACCAUACAAGUGUUCAGUGUGUCAGGAAAGCUUCUCAACAGAAGAAAGUUUGGAAGAACAUUUUAAAAUUCAUAUAAGGGAAACACCAUACAAGUGUUCAGUGUGUCAGGAAAGUUUCUCAACAGAAGAAAGUUUGGAAGAACAUUUUAAAAUUCAUAUAAGGGAAACACCAUACAAGUGUUCAGUGUGCCAGGAAAGCUUUUCAGUAGAAGAAAGUUUAGAAGAACAUUUUAAAAUUCAUAUAAGGGAAACACCAUACAAGUGUUCAGUGUGCCAGGAAAGCUUUUCAGUAGAAGAAAGUUUAGAAGAACAUUUUAAAAUUCAAUAAAGGGAAAACACCAUACAAGUGUUCAGAGUGUCAAGAAGGCUUUUCAAGAAAAGCAAAUUUAUUAUUGCAUAAAACAAUUCGUAAGGGGGAAAAAACAUACACUUGUUCACGGUGCUCACGAAGCUUUUCACAAAAAUUAGAAUUUGAAAAUCACUUGAAAGAUCACAACACAGAGCAGUCAUAUCAAUGUUCAAGGUGUCCAGAAAGUUUUUCCCAUGAAACUGACCUAGUAAAUCAUAUGAUAACUCAUAUAUAGGGGAGAAUACAAAGCAAUGUGAAAUGCUUUAAAGGCAUUUUAAGAAAAUCUUGUCUUGUAAAACCUCUUAUGACUGGUCCCUUCAGCAGAAAAACCCAAGAGAAACAUAUACUCUUUUAGAAAUAUAUGUUGGACAUACUUAUGUCUCAGAAUAACACAAAUCUAAAAUAACAGUAAGGCAAGACUGAAAUACACUUAAAAAUAUUAGUAUAUUCUUACAUGCUAAUGCAUUUAAAAAUAUAAGUUAGUUUAUUCCUACUUGUCUGGUGCACUUAAAAAUAGAGGUUCUGUUAUUUUUACCUGUGUAGUUCAUUACAGUGAUCCUCAUAUUACAUGGAUUUAUUUGGCACUUUUUGGUUAUUACACUAUUGAAAAAUUGCGGCAUAAUUUUAUACAACACUUCAAAAAAUUAACCUAACAGAGUUCGGUUUGUGGGAGGGGAGGAAAUUUGGAGUGUCUCCCCCAGGAUAUUUCCCUAGCUCAGUUUGCUGCUUGGCUGUGGGAAAGACCACCUUCUCCAUGG